CAACCCACGUGGAAGAUAAAGAGAAAAUACGCACAAAUACCGUUAAUUUGCACCCUCAUACGGUAGUCAUACCUAUGCAUACAGUUACAUAGACGUAGGGGAAAUUAGAUAAGGAAAAAAAACAAAAAGAGGCGUUCCGAAUUCUGGUAAUUAGACCUUCAAAUCAGAGCAGCAAUCUCCAAUUUUUCAGUUUUUCUGGCCAGUUGAUAUCUUCUGAAGAAUUUUCAGAGGUUGAUAACAAAUGGGGGCGCCCAAACAAAAGUGGACUCCAGAGGAAGAAGCAGCUCUUAAAGCUGGAGUACUUAAGCAUGGGCCUGGGAAAUGGCGUACGAUUCUAAAGGACCCACAAUUCAGUGGAGUUUUAUAUCUGCGAUCCAAUGUUGAUCUGAAGGACAAGUGGAGGAACAUGAGUGUCAUGGCCAACGGAUGGGGCUCAAGGGAGAGGGCCAGGUUAGCACUAAAGAGGAUGCACCCUGCCCCUAAGCAUGGAGAGAGCUCUAUGGCUCUUUCAGCCUUGAGUCAAAGUGAAGACGAAAUAGUUGACGCCAGGCCUCUUGCUCCUUCAGGUGGUUCUUCACCAAAUGAUGGGCCAAAGAGAUCCAUCAUGAGGCUGGACAAUCUCAUCAUGGAGGCUAUAAACAACUUGAGGGAGCCUGGAGGUUCGAACAAGACAUCCAUUGCCGCAUACAUAGAGGAUCAAUACUGGGCACCUCCAAACUUUAAGAGGAUAUUGUCUGCAAAGUUGAAACAUUUGGCUGCCACUGGAAAACUUAUUAAGAUGAAACGCAAAUAUAAAAUAGCUGCACCUUCCACAUUAUCUGAAAGAAGAAGGAAUCCUUCUAUUCCUGUGGAAGGAAGACAGAGGAUUUCUCCCAGAAUUGACCGCGAUGACAUUAGUCUGACAAAAUCUCAGAUUGAUUUAGAGUUGGCCAAGAUGAGGAGUAUGACUCCCCAAGAAGCUGCGGCAGCUGCAGCUCAAGCAGUUGCUGAAGCAGAAGCUGCUAUGGCUGAAGCUGAAGAGGCGGCUCGGGAGGCUGAGGCCGCGGAAGCUGAUGCUGAAGCGGCACAGGCUUUUGCAGAGGCAGCAUUGAAGACGCUGAAAGGAAGAAACACUCCUAGGAUGAAUGUACAGAUGGUCCAUGUGUGAUGAAGUUUGGUACAAUGACUGGUCCCUUAGAAUUCUCUCUGAUUGAAGCAUAGUUGUUUGUGUGUCUCCAACGGACUUGCUCAACGAAUGUAAAUAUAGCAAACAAUAUUCGGCAUAUAGUAUUCGUUUUCGUUUUGGGGGGGUGUUCCCGGAGCAGGUGACGGGACUGGCAGGCUUUGUCGGCGUUCCCUUAUCAGAUGUAUGUUAGUCCAUUGUAGGUAAUUGUUGCUUGUUUGCUGAAGUUCUUGUACUGAGUUAAAGAGAAUUGGAGAGUGAGAUCUGCAGGAGCAAAUGUGAGGAGAUGAGAACAGUAGCAACUGGAUGUGUUAUCCAGCGCUUUUUGUUCUUCCAUUUUUGAAACUAAAGCAGCAGAAAGCCUAAGACAAAUACUUCAUAACCUGUCAAUCAAAAUUGUUUAGCAGUGUUUCCUUUUGGAAUAAUGGAAUAAAUGUACAAGCCAGAUUGAGUUCUUGCAAUGCAUUGUUGAUUUCUUGAAU